CCCCCGGACUGGGAGGGCGGUGCGAGACAGAGGGAGGAGGGGGAAGGGAGAAAGGGGCGGGGCCCCCGUCUUGGGCGCGCGCAGUUGAAAGGCCGUUACCCUGACCCUGCUCCACCUUCUUGACACUUCUGUUCACCAUGGCCGAGGCCCGAGCUUCGCCGCCGCCGCCUCCUCCUCCCCCGUCUUCUCCUUCGUCCCCCUUGGCCCGCGCCGCCGCUUUCUCCUUGUCCCCGGAACUCCCGGCGGUUUUGGCCGGGAGAAUCCAGAACCGGGGACGGGGCCGAGCCAUGGCGCCGUCCGCGGACCCGCUGGAGGAGGUCGAGAUGCAGAUCGAUGAUGCAGCCUUUUCAUUAAUUAAACUUCUUGAGGCCACAUCUGCUGUUUCAGCCCAAGUGGAAGAGCUGGCAUUCAAAUGUACUGAAAAUGCACGAUUCCUUAAAACAUGGAGGGGUCUGCUAAAAGAAGGCUAUGAUUCCUUGAAACCAGACAACCAAUUCAGCACAACCAACUAGAUGUUGAAAUAAUGACUGCUUUAGGAAAUUGGGGGCAGAUUUGCUACAUGUAUAAUGCUUGCACUUUUUCCCAUGUGAUAUUUGCACCUAUGGAUGUAUAAGACUUUAUUUCCAACAGUUAUGGGUAUGACACUUUGCUUUGUAACUGAAUAUUAAGACUUUACUUCCUUGUGUAUGUUUCCUGUUUUAAAAAAGGAAAAUAUUUACUUAAUUUUGACUCUGGAUUAUAUUUGAUCUUGUUCCUGAGUCAUUGUGCCUACUAAACUUUCACAGGCUUGUUUUACUUUUAAAAAUAAAUUUUAUCUGUGAUUAAGAAACUCAGAAAUAGAAUAACUCAGUUUUAGAGUGCUUUAAAACUUACAAAUGCUUUCCCUACAACAGUCCUCAGACUAGGCAGUACAGGUGUUAUAUUUUAGUACUUCAGUAGGCCUAUGAUCUCAUCAGUGAGGAUACUCCCCCCAGCAGUAUAGAUCACAGCCUAUUCAUGCUUUCUCUGCUUGUGUGGCUUUUAUUUAUGUGCUCUCAGCAAUUUGCCCUAAGGUAUCCACUCAACUUGCUGAAGGUCUUCCUUGCAGUCUUUUAAAAUUAUGCUGGUAUCAGAGCAGUACUCUGGGAUGUUCAUCUAUUGUUCCUUACUUUUGCUAUUUGGUUGGCCCACUUUCUUUUCUGAUAAUUUAUCUCUAGGAUGAUACCUUUUGGGCUGCCACUUGUAUACACACCAUUGUUGGUGAUGUGUUAUACUACUGGUUUGUACUCACUGUAUGUUUCACUUUUGUCCCUUUGGGUCACCUAAAUUUUUAGAUAUUGUUAUGUUCUGUGAUUCAUAGCUGUAUUGUUUCAGUGGAAGAAUGUUGCUUUAAAAAAAAAAGGGAUUUUAGUUCAGGAAGCAGUUUGGACUUGUUGAAAGUACUGUUAUUUCUGAAAAGCAUUUCAGUCUGUAUUCUUGCUAUUCAGUCCUGGGUCUAGUUCAUUGUCAAUCUGAGAGUAUGUCUAAGAUACUAUUAGCCAAACUCAGUACCUGGUCACUUGUAUAUCGUAGGUCUAGGAUAAUGACCAUUAGGUCAUUCUUCAUUCACAUAAUUUUUCCUGUCUAUGUUGUUGGGUCAAACUCUGUGUACUAUAUGUAUAUAUAUCCUCAUUUUCCUGAUGAAGAAACUGAGUCUCAGAGAAAGUGGGAGAGCUAGAACUUGAAUUCCAGCACUUCUGGCUUCUAGUUCUAUAUAUUCUUUCUACCAAAUCACACUGUCUAGUAUUAAUUCUUCCCUGGUUCAAUGCUGAAUUGCCAAUAGAAAUGUUAUUUUUUUUUUCUUCAUGUUUCUAGAAUGGAAAUAUUGGCCAGUGAAAGUACUAGCCAUUUCCCCCUCCUUUGAAUGUAUAAUCUAAAGCUUCCUUGAGUGGGAGAAAAAAUUUUUUCUUUAACAUAUGUAUAGAUAUAUUCUUUACAUGAACCACUGCCUUACUUCAUUUAAAUAUAUGUAAACACAAUAGAUGAAUACUUUUAAAAAUA